CCAGACCAUACAAAGACAAAGGUGGUGAUAGACUACUCAGAUACAGUGGGUGGUGGAGAUGGAACCAGCAGCCGGAAACCCUAAUUACAUGGUGCUACCCACCCCUCCGCCGCAGCCGCAGCCGCAGCCGCAACCAGUGCCGACAUCCCAUAACCGACCCAUCUUCUCAUUUUCAGCCAUCAGAAUCACUAAUGAGUUCGAUAGUGAAAGCGCAACCUUCUUUCAUAAAAUUUCCUGGAAGUUCAUGGACAGGCUUGCUAAGUUCAAGUUUUCAUUCAAUAAUAACAAUAAAGGCGACAUCUCCGAACCUCAAAUCAGCUUCGUGUCCAAGUACCUUAGCCUCCACUACGACCUCGAAGACCACAAUGCUCUUGUUAAGAGUUCCUUCGAUGUUGGUCCCAGAUUGCAAGUCACAGCUGCUCAUGAUAUCAAGGCUCAACAAGGAGAGGUUACAAUGGUUACAAACGUGGCUGAUACUGGCUAUGCACUUGAACUAUCAACAGCAGUUCCAUCCGUUGGAUUGCCAAAAGCAACCUUUAGAUUUCCUGUAGGUGAAGUUUCACUACAGGAGAAAGAGGAGGACGAAGUCAAGAAUUUGUUGUCAGUGAGUGGGAUCCUCAAAGGUCAAUUUUUGAAUGGGCUCUACACUGCCCAGUACAAGGAUGAAGAAUUGAAAUUAAGAUACUGCUAUAAGGAUGAUGAAAUGUCAUUUAUUCCUAUACUUUCUCUCCCUUCAAAUGCUUUAUCAUUUGCCUUUAAGCGUCGGCUUGGUCCUUCUGACAAGUUAAGUUACUGGUACAAUUGUGAUUCCAACUAUUGGAGUGCUGUCUACAAACGUACCUAUGGUAAAGAUUUCAAAUUUAAAGCUGGUUAUGAUUCAGAGGUUCGCCUUGGCUGGGCAUCUCUUUGGGUUGGAGAUGAAGGCGGGAAAGCCAAAACAGCUCCUAUGAAGAUGAAAGUUCAAUUCAUGCUUCAAGUGCCCCAAGACGACAUAAAAUCUUCAUUUUUGAUGUUUCGAAUUAAGAAGAGAUGGGACAUUUAAGGGUCUGCUGGCGAAUUUACCUGCAUUUUAUAUUUAAAAAAUGGGUACUUGUUUUUGGGUUAGUUUCAUGGUGCCGUAGUUUGUUGCCACAAGACUUUUGCAGAAGUGAUAAUAUUUGACAGGUUGAUGCUUCUCCAAGUCAGCUAAUUUCUUAGCGGUGUGGCAAGAUCGCACCGACUUUCUGGUAAGAUUACAAUUUUCAACAGUACAAAAUUUGUAAAGAAGGUUUUCUGAUUUGUUAGCUUGCGUAAGAUGGCCACAAUGUUGAAAAUCGACAACAUACAAAUCGAAAACUGAAAAGAAAAAGAGAGAGAAUAG